CGAUCAUCCGUGACGCAGCCAAAACUGACUUGUUGAUCUGGUCCCAUUUUUAUAUCUUCAUUGCCCGCCAUAUUUGGCCCUCCGACCACGUUCAGAAAACGGAGCGAGAUCCAAGUUCAAACGCGAGAAUCCGCAAAAUCUGUGAACUCCACGGAAAGGAUCAACAGCGAGCAUCUAGCAGCUGGGAAAUCCUGCCCUCCGUUGCCAAAGCUUAAUUUCCUGGGAUGGAGGCCACGGCCGGCGGCAAGAUGCACGUCGUGAUGCUGCCAUGGCUGGCCUUCGGCCACGUGCUCCCGUUCACGGAGUUCGCCAAGCGGGUGGCCCGGCAGGGCCACCGGGUCACCCUCCUCUCCACGCCGAGGAACACCCGCCGGCUCAUCGACAUCCCGCCGGGCCUCGCCGGCCUCAUCCGCGUCGUGGACGUCCCGCUGCCGCGUGUCGACCGCCUGCCGGAGCACGCCGAGGCGACCAUCGACCUCCCCUCCGACGACCUCCGCCCGUACCUGCGCCGCGCCUACGACGCUGCCUUCGAGCGCGAGCUCUCGCGGCUGCUCCAGGAGGAGGAGGCGGCGGGAUCGAGGCCGGACUGGAUCCUCGUCGACUACGCGUCGUACUGGGCGCCGGCGGCCGUGGCGAGGCAUGGCGUGCCGUGCGCGUUCAUCAGCCUGUUCGGCGCCGCGGCGCUCAGCUUCUUCGGGACCCCUGAGACGCUCCUUGGCCUCGGGAGGCACGCCAAGACGGAGCCGGCGCACUUGACAGUCGUCCCCGAGUACGUCCCGUUCCCGACCACCGUGGCGUACCGCGGCUACGAGGCGCGCGAGCUGUUCGAGCCGGGCUUGGUCCCGGACGACUCCGGCGUGUCGGAGGGCUACCGGUUCGCCAAGACCAUCGAAGGGUGCCGGCUCGUGGGCAUCAGGAGCAGCUCGGAGUUCGAGCCGGAGUGGCUGCGGCUGCUCGGCGAGCUCUACGAGAAGCCGGUGAUCCCGGUCGGCCUGUUCCCUCCGGCGCCGCAGCAAGACGUGGCCGGCCACGAGGCGACGCUGCGCUGGCUGGACGGACAGGCUCCGAGCUCCGUCGUGUACGCGGCCUUCGGCAGCGAGGUGAAGCUGACGAGCGCGCAGCUGCAACGGAUCGCGCUCGGCUUGGAGGCGGCCGGGCUGCCUUUCCUCUGGGCGUUCAGGGCGCCGACGGACUCCACCUCGGGCGGCCUGCCCGAGGGCUUCGAGGAGCGGCUCGCCGUCGCCGGCCGGGGAGUCCUGUGCCGAGGCUGGGUGCCGCAGGUGAGGUUGCUGGCCCAUGCAUCAGUGGGGGGGUUCCUGACGCACGCCGGCUGGAACUCGAUCGCCGAGGGCCUGGCGCACGGCGUGAGGCUGGUGCUGCUGCCGCUGGUGUUCGAGCAGGGCCUCAACGCCAGGAACCUGGUGGACAAGAAGGUCGGCGUGGAGGUGGCGCGGGACGAGCAGGACGGGUCGUUUGCCGCCGCCGACAUCGCGGCGGCUCUGAGGAGGGUCAUGGUGGAAGACGAAGGCGAGGGUUUCGGGGCCAAGGUGAAGGAGCUGGCCAAAGUGUUUGGGGACGACGAGGUGAAUGAUCAGUGUGUGCGAGAUUUUCUCCGGCACUUGUCGGAGCACACCAAAAAGAACCAAGAUCAGGACUGA